AUGUCGACAUUUGAAGUAUUCGGGAUUGUUCUUCGGACAAUACCCAUUCUCAUUUCUGGCGCCGGCUUUCUCGCGAGCGAUAAAAGCCUUGUAGCGUUUCGCAAGCGGCAAUAUGUCAACAAGCUGGCGAAUGCGCUGCUACUCCAGCAGCAGACAGUCCGAGAGACGGUCCGGCUCAUUAUUACGCGAAGCGGUUGCAAUCACGAUGAGUCGCUGCUGAACGAGGACCCUCUUACAUACUUUCAAAACAAAGACAUUCAGACCCAGGUCCUGGAUUUCUUGGGCGACGAGAAUUACAAAGCCUUGAUAGGAAGGCUGCAAGACAUGCAAACAACGUUGGAAGAAGUGGCUAGGCAUCUAGACGGCGUCAUUCCCACUCACAAGGAUAAUCCAUACGAUCUCACUGGGAUUAUAGAAGCAAAUCUCGCCGCAAAGAAAUACAGACCAGAUUUCCUCCCUCGUCUCAAAGUUGCCCUCAAAAGCAGUGAGAUUAAACAGAGCAUUGGCGAACUCGAUACAGCCACCAGCACUCUACACACAUUCUCACAGACAAUCUUGAUGAACCGCCACGAGCCAGUGAGCUCGCUUCCAUCGUCGAAUCAUGUCAAGCUUGCUAAAGCUUUCCGCCGAAUUCACAAAUACUCAAAAAGCCUAUAUUCUGCCCUUUCCUCUUGCACUCGAACGUGUCACAGCGAACAUGAACACGAUGCGCACGUUCUCCUCGAAGAUCGUAUUGAUGCGGCUUCUAAACUGCUAAGCUCCAAACAGCAGUGGGACAAAGAAAACGAGGCAUUGCUAGCUUUCCAACUCCUAUUUGCUGCGAAGCUUCUUGCGCCGAUUCAAGCGCGGUGGCAUGAAUUAUCUGUCAAAUGCAUACAAGACGACAGCUUUGACGAUGCUCAGACGUCGAAACCGUCUCGAGUGCAGAUUCUCGGACAUGACCCUAAAGAAGCUGCUUCAACAAGCUGUCUUGCGAAAUUUUCUCCAGUGAACAACUUUUGCGCAGCGAUUGUAACAGCUUACGACAAGCCCCAGCAUGUCGCCUUUGUUUUGCACGAGAGCAGCCGGAUAAGCACUGUGGUAGCGAAUGAAAAGACCAUUAUGCAAAAGAGUAACUGCCAAAAGAUUACACUGAAAAAAGUACUUUCAGAGUCACACAAUCCGCGCGGAAUGAAGCUGCCACUGCGCUCAAGUAUGCUCCUUGCGUCGAAAAUUGCUUCGAGCCUACUUCAGUUCUCACAAACACGGUGGUCUGGCCAAACAUGGUCCAAAAAUUCCAUAUAUUUUAUACUACAUCCAACUUCCGAGGGAAUAGCUCCCCUUGUUGAUUUCAGCCGAGCCUUUGUAUACGCAAAAAUUGAUAAUAGCGAAGUCGUUGGGUUAAAGAAUGCUGAGCCAAGGUUAAUUCUCCUGGAACUUGGAAUUUUACUGCUGGAAAUAUGGCAUCAAACCUCGCUAGAAGACCAGUUUCCCGACAAAAUUGCGGAAGUAUCUGGGGGAUACUUCUCUCGUUUAUCCCUCGCAGCUCAGUGGUUGGAUGAUGACUAUAAUACUCCACCACUGCUGUAUGAGGAUGCUAUACGAUAUUGCGUCUACGGAGUGUCGACUAAGAAGGGAGCUGAUUGGAAUACGAAUGAGUUCUGGGGUGAAAUAUGUAAAGAGGUUAUCAAGCCUUUAUCGGAGAAUUGUAAGCAAUGGAAAUGA